CACCACGGACACGAAUUUGCUGGAAGAUACAAAAUCAUAAAAGAAUUAACCGUGUGUUUUAACAAUCGAAAAUCAUUCAAUCGAAUUGUCUUUUUAUAACUUUACAUUUUUAUUUAAUUUUCAUUUGCAAGAAAUAACGGCAUUUCUGAACGUGAAACGUUGUUUUGUCUGUUGUUGCCAGUGGAAGAAGCUCUCAAGAAAAUCAGAUGAAAAAGAUAUACGUUAAUGUGAACGUUAACAUCUGCGGAGAAUUUUUUACUCAUUUUCGUAUCUUCUGAAUACGUAUUUGUGCAUGUGGUAUGUGUAAAAGUCUAUUUGAAAAUAUACGUAUGAACUAAAAUGAUUGUUUUAGAGUCAUUUCUUAACUAAGCAAAUUCAAAAUUGUACCUUCUAUAAAACGAGACGAGAAUUUCUAAGAGCACACAAGAAUUUGAUCGAUGCUUUCUCUAUUUUCGACGUUCAUAUCGAAUCCCGUUGCAUUUCUCGUUAGAUUUGAAGUUUAAAAAUAACGCGACGUUUUUACUCCUCAUCAGAUUUUUCAUCGGGGAAAAAUUAUUGAACGCAUUCGUAAGAAUAAAAAAUAAAAAUAAAUGAAAUAAAUAAAGAUGAAAAAUAUUGUUGAAUUUAUGACAAUGUUUAACUCAUAGAGUAAUAAGUGGUAGAUUUAAGUUAUGAUUUUUACGUUAAAUAUCGAGAAAUAAAUAUUUGGAUAAAUGUAGUUUCUCAGUUAGGAUCGUCGAUCUCCUCCUUUACUCAUUUUCCUCUCUUUCUACGAGAAUGAUAGAGAGAAAAGAGAGAGGAAAUUUAACGCGAACGUUUUGGAAGUUUGCUAGGCAACGCUUAACGUCAUUCCUAACUUGGAAAUUGCAUUCGGCUAUAUUCAGAAUACUACCUAUCUGUACUUACUUGCUGAGUUAUCGAUGUAUGCACGUAUACGCGAAAGACGAUAUCAAACUAAACCGGAAAUUAAAAUCGGUAUAUAUUCCGUAAUUAGUACGUCAUUAAAAUUGCGUACUUGGUUUGUGUCUCUGUUCGUGGAUCUGUAUCAAUAUUGUAGCGAGUACGUUGAAUUUAAAUGCAGCACGUAUUGGAGAGACUUCCUGUGUUCCGGAAACGUAAAGAUUCAACGUUCUAAAAAUAAAUAUACUUUUAUAUCGUUCGUCGACGACCGCACGUAGGAGGAGUUUCCACGUUAACGUUGAUACGAAAAGUGCUUUAUUUGCUUUUAUUAUUAGCUUAAUGAAUAAAUUAGUGUUAAUCAAUUUAGACGUAAUUAAUAGAUCGGUUAAGUAAAUUCAAAGAUAAACAGUUAAAACAAAUGUCGAAGAUGCUUCGUUUGGAGUUGGUUGGCUUCGUGCUUUUAGCUUGCACGCAAAUUCUGACGGAACAUCGUGAAUCACGUGAAACUCGUGCACCUUACAUCAAUUAUCCGAGGUAUCAUCAAGAAAGCAUGGAACACGUGACGAAAGAUGUUAAAAUCAAACAAGGUCGAUUACGAGGAACCGUGAUCAAACCGAGAACCAAUCACGAUCUUCAAUUGGUCGACGUUUUUCUCGGAGUCCCAUAUGCCGAGCCUCCAGUUGGUUCGCUAAGGUUCACACCACCGAGAUCACCGCAACCCUGGAGAGGAGUACGACAGUCAGUGGAAUUCGCUCCCGUUUGCCCACAAGUACUACCGAAUCUUACUGACGAGGUGAAACCAGCACGCUAUGAGUAUCUCGAGAGGCACUUGCAGUAUCUCAAGAACCAGAAUGAGGAUUGUCUCUAUCUUAACAUCUAUGCACCCCAUCAACCAGAGGGACAGAGGAAUUUAAAGAAAUAUCCCGUGAUGGUGUUUAUACAUGGCGAAAGUUACAAAUGGAACAGCGGUAAUCCAUACGAUGGCACCAUCCUAGCCGCUUACGGAAACGUCGUUUUCGUCACCAUCAAUUUUCGCCUUGGCAUUUUAGGUUUCCUAAGACCAGGUAUAAGGGACGACGCAGCGAGUAAUUUUGGAUUACUGGAUCAAAUAGCAGCUCUUUUAUGGCUCCAAGAAAAUAUUGCUGCCUUCGGUGGAGAUCCCGACAUUGUGACCUUAGUUGGCCACGGUACCGGUGCUAUUUUUGCUAAUUUACUUCUCCUCAGUCCUGUUGCAAACAACGAAGGUCUGUUCAAGCGAGCCAUUCUGAUGUCCGGUUCGGCAUUGAGUGCUGACGCCAUCGGCAAGGCGCCUCUGCAAAUUACCAAGCAGGUGGCGAUAGCUUUGAAUUGUCCAACGACGAAUGACAGCGAUUUGGCGCAUUGUCUGCGCUUUCAAGAUGUCGAAACGCUUCUCAACGUGAAGAUUCACAAGCCACGAUAUGUGCCGGCGUUUGCACCUCUCGUUGACAAAGCUGUUAUACCGAAUAAACCUAUCAGUCUGAUGCAAGACGCACAACUUUUCGGCAGAUACGACUUAAUGUACGGCAUUACCGAGUCGGAAAAAUUUCACAUUCUACCGCAAACUGCCUUGCAACAUGGCUUGUUCGAUAAUCAACGCGAUGAGAUCCUUCGAGAUCAUGCCAAGGCUACGCACGAGCUUGAACCAGAGCUCGUCCUAUCGAAGAUCCUCGAACACUAUGGAGACUUUUAUGGCGGAUUUACAGACGACUACGCGACGAAGAAUAGGGACAUGGUCCUAGAAGCACUUUCUGACAGCGGUACUGUCGCACCCUUGAUAAUGACCGCCAAUUUACAUUCUAGAGCAAACCCGAAUAGCUACAUGUACGUCUUCUCUCAUCCGAAGGCUAUGCAAGAUUACACCGGCCAACAACGACAACAGACGAUACACGGCGAAGAGCUGUCCUAUGUGCUCGGCGUUCCACUCGACGGGAGCAAGUACGACUUGCGUACUCGAUACAACAUCGGCGAGACAUUGUUUUCCGAGGCCAUGAUGAAUUGGUGGUGCAGUUUUGCAUAUAUUGGGAACCCAAACGCAGCCAAGAGAUAUCCGUACUUGACUGAUGGACUAAAGGAAUGGGGACAAUACGAGCUUGAUUGGUUGGAGUACAAUUCAAGAAAUCAAACUUACUUUAAUUUAACUAUACCACCAAAGCUUGGCUCUCACUAUCGUUCUGCUGAGAUGCAAUUCUGGAACGAGGAUCUUCCCAACAUGUUGAGGCAUCCCAGCAAAGACAUUCCUAUGUUCAAUCGACCAAAGGGUCCACGACCCUCUAUACUCGACUUCGCUGAUGGGAUUGGUAAAUACGCGAAUGGCAGCUCCGACAGGAACUACGACAUGCACGGUGCCUGGAUGACAAUGAAGACACCGUCGAGUAUAACCGAAAGUAAUUUUGAGGAGAGACCACUGAUACCUCUAUUUGCUACGACGAAUCAGCCAAAUCUUCAAAGCACCACGUCCGAGUCAAGCUCUUUAAAAAGUUCCUCGGUUAUAGCGAUAAUGAUCAGUUUUGGCGUGAUAUUUCUGAUAAUCAACAUAUCUGCUUUCUUAUAUUUCUACUGGAAACGUCAAGCUACGAAAAAGAAUGAAAAACCUUUAAAGAGACGUCUCAGUCAGAAAGACGAAACGUCCAAGAGACCGAAGACGGAGAAACAAGAGAACCAUUAUGGCGAUCUUGGUUAUAAAAGUGAUAGUAAGCCGGAUUUGAACGAGGUGAUCAAAAGUGACAAAGCUUACGACAACAAUUCCAACUUUGGCAGAAGAUCCAAACUUUCCCGAGAAAAUUCCAAUUCUACUAUCGAUACCCAUAUUAAAGUUAGAGAGUGGAUACAACAGGAAAUUGUACACAGAUGUUCACCGAGGUUUCUGCGAAAAACAAGAGAAACUCUGGCAAAAGAACAUCAGGCGAAAUUAACGAAACAAGAAGAAGAAGAAAAGUGGAGAUUGGAAGAGGAAGCAUUGAAGAAGAGUAAGAAGGAAGAGCCGAUAUACGAUGAAAGUCCAACUAUCGUAGUACGGCCAGGUAAAAAGUCAAAGGCAGCAAAGGUAUCGGUAGGAAUUGAUGCCACCCCGGCAACGAGGACCGAAUCUAUUUUGAAUCAAGUACCAAUUGAGUUGUCGAAGAAGGAGGAGACGUUCGUCGAGAAGAUCGAACAAUCCUUCGACUAUCCUCUAUCGGAUUCCACCAGCCAAUUCCAGAUGACACCUCAAGUCGUUGUAAUAGAGCAUCAUCAUUCUAGAAGCGAUCCACUGCCAAUGGAGAACGUCUUGAGAACCAUGAAACCGAAUUUCUCGACUCCGCGAAUCUAUGAAUCCGAUUCUGGGAGUACAAGCAGUCUCUACGCGAAGAUCAAUCCAAAGUCGAAAGCUCGAAUUCCGCGGACGAAUCUUGAAAGGAGUGACGAGACCAUAGAGAUCGAGGCGUCGAAGAAUGCCGAGGAUCGAACUAUUCCUCCAUUGGAGGAAAUCUAUGUGAAAUCGACGAAAUUGACAACUUUUGGUAGCGGUAGUACUCCAGGUGAUGUCAACGUCACUUGUCGAGAGCCAACGGUCGAAAGAGAGUGUGUUAGUCCGGAGGAAGCUCUUCGAACGAUAAAACGGCGAAAUUACCCGAAGGUUCUACCAGACAUUGAGAAAAGACGUUCGCUUCCUGUACCGACAACCUUGUUUCUACCGAAACAACAUGGAAACUCUUUAAGAGGAAACAAGGGUACUCUACCUAGUCCUGUUUCGGGGCAACCUCCAUUACCACCGCCAAGAAUGUUUGGCCCGUCUAAGAGCUUGGAAUUCGCCGAAGAAAAGGAGAACCAUUGCGAGGGGGAAGCAGUUACCAGUAAUCUUCACAUCGGACCUUUAACCAAGCGACAAGAUACUUCGGUCAAAAACAACUCCGAUCCAAGCAUCAUCGAUUCUAUCGAAGGAAGCAUAAUGAUGAAUAGUGUUCAUCCUGGUGGUGGGAGCGUAGAUACCAUUUACAAGAACCCAAGGUGUCCCGUACACGGUGGAUCCUACACGUUUUCGCCAACCUCUCAGACACUCGACAAAGAUAUUGGAGAUCCUAGAAGAGACUUCAUCGAAGCAGGAAUGGGUAACCCUAAUUGGUACAAGCCCGUAGCAAGAGAUGGCAAGGUAGUGCCGGUAAUGUCAUUGGCAUCCUCAGAACCACGGAUCGUGAUUGCUCCUAAGGAACUGGAGAGGCAGCACCGAUUGAUCGGUCCUAACGCAAAUUGGGAUAGAACAGGGGAACCAAAGAUCGUGAUCACUCCGAGAGUAGUUAAUCUUCCAGGACAAGACAAUCAAGAUCUCUGCCAGACGAUAACAAAUAUGGGAGAUACAUGCUGUGUUGAAACCGUCAUACCUUCUUCGAAAGCUCAUACCAUGAAUUCAGGUUCAUCCGAACGUUUCGAGCUAGAAUCCAGUGCAGGAUCAAGCAGUGUUAGCAAUUUAACCAGCUCCAAAGAAGAAAGAAAAGAACCACGUAUCAUAAUAACUGCUGGUGAUCCAAAGAAUACUAACUUGACCAGUUCAAAACAACCGAAAAUCAUUAUCAAACCUACAACUAGUUUUCAAAAAAACAGAGAUCAAAGGAACAUACCAAAAAUCUCAGCAAUACCGUUGGUGGAACGACAAAAUAGUCAAAAUCUCGAAAGGGAUAAGAUCUUAGAACGUAAAGAGAACAGGCCUACUCUCGAAAGACCUCCUUUGAGAGAAAAACCGAAAAUAACGAGAAUACCGUCAUUUUCUAGACGAAAAGAGGACUUACCUAUUGUUAUGGAUAAAUCGUUAACACAAACGCAUAUGGAGAAGACGGAAAUUGUGCAAAGAGUUGAGGCAGUAACUGGUAAAAUCGCGAACGUGACUUACGUACACGAUAGCAAAUCUUCCAUCCCAACGCUUCAGAAAAAGGACUGCGAGAAAUCGUCUACAAGUGGUGAAGAUUCCAAUGGAAUCCCGACUGGUACAGUCAAAAGAAAACCCUCCAAUAAGAAAUAAUAUAAAGAGGUUCAACGACUAGUUCUUCGCUUCUUUUCUUCUCUUGAUCGACUCUUUUUUGUAAUAUCAGGAAGUACGAAAAGGGGAUAAAAUUUACCAUCGCGGCUCGUAAUCGUGUAAAGACAAGAUAAUAGACUACAUGAGUAGAUAGAAAAUAAUGAUAGAUUAGUAUUAUUAUUGUAGAAAGUAGAUAAGCUAAGUGAGUAAAGAUAAGCCGAUAGAAAUAUUAUAACUAACAAUUAUGCAGAUUAAGAGUACCGAACUGAUCUUUGCAUUUUCUUGAAAAAUAUUUUCUCGAAGAAUUCAACAAAUAUUUUAGUUCUAGUAAAUCGAAUAUCGAAGCUGCGUUGGUUCGUUCGUCCUUUAACUUUCAACGGUUCUGUAGAGGAAAACUGAUCUAUCGAUAUCAUUUUGCGAAACCUAAAGCCGAUGUUGAAGAAGAGUUUGCAAAAAGAUUCGGUCCAGUGCAUGCUAAAGUAAUGAAAGCAUCUUCUUAUUCGAAUGGACUUUCUUCGUUCGACGGGCCGAACGAAGAAAUUGAAAAGUCCUCCACGAAAGAGAUCGAUCCUGAUUUCGAACAGGGCAACGACGAAUUUUAUUUUACGUAGGAAGAAACUAGAAACGUGCCACUACACUUCGUGAUUGGUGAUAGUGUAAGUUUAUUACAGUUUCCAAGUCGUGUUAUCUGUAAAAGUUCUCUCCGAGAAAUUAAAACUACUUGUCAAAGUUCUAUUUAUAGACAAACUUUUGUAAAAAAAAAAAGAAAAAGAAAAGUAUUAAGCUAAUAGAAUAUUACUAUAUAACAUAUCAAUUAAUUAAUAUAAUAUUUUACUCAACAUCAAUAAAUGUGCUAUGCA